CGGGACCAAGAGCGGAAGUGGGUGUGACGGGGACGGGGGCCUGGUGGGCUAGCUGGAGAAAGAUACUGGGGAGUGGGAUCUGCGGGGUUCGGAGCUAUGAUUCCCCCACAGGAGGCAUCCGCCAGGCGGCGGGAGAUCGAGGACAAGUUGAAGCAGGAGGAGGAGACGCUGUCCUUCAUCCGAGACAGCCUGGAGAAGAGCGACCAGCUCACUAACAACAUGGUGUCUAUCUUAUCAUCCUUUGAGAGCCGUCUUAUGAAGCUGGAGAACUCCAUCAUCCCUGUGCACAAGCAGACGGAGAAUCUGCAGCGGUUGCAGGAGAAUGUGGAGAAGACUCUGUCCUGCCUGGACCAUGUCAUCAGCUACUACCAUGUGGCCAGUGACACUGAGAAGAUCAUUAGAGAGGGUCCCACAGGAAGGCUGGAAGAGUACCUGGGAAGCAUGGCCAAGAUUCAGAAGGCAGUGGAGUAUUUCCAGGACAACAGCCCAGACAGCCCAGAACUAAACAAAGUGAAACUGCUCUUUGAGAGGGGAAAGGAGUCCCUGGAGUCCGAGUUCCGGAGCCUGAUGACGCGGCACAGUAAGGUCGUCUCCCCUGUGCUCAUCUUGGAUCUGAUAAGUGGUGACGAUGAUCUGGAGGCCCAGGAGGACGUGGCCCUGGAGCACCUGCCUGAGAGCGUGCUCCAGGAUGUCAUUCGCAUCUCCCGCUGGCUGGUGGAAUAUGGCCGCAACCAAGAUUUCAUGAACGUCUACUACCAGAUACGCUCCAGCCAGCUGGACCGCUCCAUCAAGGGCCUGAAGGAGCAUUUCCAUAAGAGCAGUUCUUCCUCUGGGGUACCCUACUCCCCUGCUAUCCCCAACAAGAGGAAAGACACACCUACCAAGAAGCCAGUCAAGCGGCCAGUUCCUACCUGCUCCGCCCCUCGGAGAGCGCAGCGUCUGCUCCACGAGGGCACCUGCUCCCCUGCAGGCCCUUGUUUAGGGUUUGGAGAAACGGGCAGAACAGGGGCCGCUCUCAGAGGCACAAGGACGAUCCGUAAGGCUCAGAACCUUCUGAAACAGUAUUCCCAGCAUGGUCUAGAUGGGAAAAAGGGGGGCUCUAACCUCAUUCCUCUGGAAGGUCACGAGCAUGAUUUCCGAGUUAAGCACCUGUCCGAGGCCCUGAACGACAAGCACAGGCCACUGGCCGGGAGAGAUGACAUGCUGGACGUGGAGACAGAUGCCUACAUCCACUGCGUCAGUGCCUUCGUCAAGCUGGCCCAGAGCGAGUACCAGCUGCUGGCUGACAUCAUCCCUGAGCACCACCAGAAGAAGACCUUCGACUCCCUGAUACAGGAUGCCCUGGAUGGGCUGAUGCUGGAGGGGGAGAACAUUGUGUCUGCUGCCCGGAAGGCCAUUGUGCGGCAUGACUUCUCCACAGUGCUCACCGUCUUCCCCAUCCUGCGGCACCUCAAGCAGACGAAGCCUGAGUUCGACCAGGUGCUCCAGGGCACGGCCGCCAGCACCAAGAACAAGCUGCCUGGCCUCAUCACCUCCAUGGAGACCAUCGGUGCCAAAGCGCUGGAGGACUUCGCGGACAACAUCAAGAAUGACCCGGACAAGGAAUAUAACAUGCCCAAGGACGGCACCGUGCACGAGCUCACCAGCAACGCCAUCCUCUUCCUGCAGCAGCUUUUGGACUUCCAGGAGACGGCAGGUGCCAUGCUGGCCUCCCAAGUUCUUGGGGACACAUACAAUAUUCCUUUAGACCCCCGAGAGACCAGUUCUUCCGCCACCAGCUACAGCUCCGAGUUCAGCAAGCGGCUGCUAAGCACCUAUAUCUGUAAAGUGCUGGGCAACCUGCAGUUGAACUUGCUGAGCAAGUCCAAGGUGUAUGAGGACCCAGCUCUGAGUGCCAUCUUCUUGCACAACAACUACAAUUACAUCCUCAAGUCCCUGGAGAAGUCCGAGCUGAUCCAGCUGGUAGCAGUGACACAGAAGACUGCCGAGCGCUCCUACCGGGAGCACAUUGAGCAGCAGAUCCAGACCUACCAGCGCAGUUGGUUAAAGGUGACCGAUUACAUCGCAGAGAAGAAUCUACCUGUGUUCCAGCCGGGAGUCAAGCUCCGGGACAAGGAGCGGCAGAUUAUCAAGGAGCGUUUUAAGGGCUUCAAUGAUGGCCUCGAAGAACUAUGCAAAAUCCAGAAGGCCUGGGCUAUUCCGGACACGGAGCAGAGGGACAGGAUUCGCCAGGCUCAGAAGACCAUUGUCAAGGAGACAUACGGGGCCUUUCUGCAGAAGUUUGGCAGCGUGCCCUUCACCAAGAACCCGGAGAAGUACAUCAAGUACGGUGUGGAGCAGGUGGGCGACAUGAUCGAUCGCCUUUUCGACACCUCUGCCUGAGCCUGCUGCUAGCCCUGCCUGGUUCCAGACUGACGUGUCAUUGGACAGAUAAGCCAGUGUUAAGUUGCCUCUGGCCGGGUGAGCUCGAAGUCCUUUGGGACACAGACCUGUCUCCAACACCCCAUCCAGGAGCCAUGUCCCCAAGCCAUCUAGUCCUGGGUUCCGCUCUUUCCCCACACCCCAUGUUCCCAACCAAACCAGCAAUCUCCCGGAAGACUGGGGUUUCUUCACACCUUGGCUUUUGUGACCCUGAUGGCUUCUGAAACAGGAAGGGAGAGAAGGAAGACAGGCCUGUGCCCACUGCUGCCCCAUGUAUACCAAGAGCAGGAGGCCAGCAUGGUCCUACCUCCAGCCUAGGUCAGAGGUGGGGCCAGAGAAGUCCCCCUAUAGCCCAGAAAUGUGGUGAGGCCCAGAGGGCCAGAGCCCCUGGAGAAGGCAGGCAGCAUUGACCCCUCUCUUGGAUUUAGUGCAGAAAACACAUUCCCGCUCUCCCACAGGCCUGAGGUCUGGGACCUUUCCAUCUCCCAGGAGUCCCCUAGGUGCCUGGGGGCAGGCCUGCUCACUGGCCAUUCCCCCUGGAGUCCAGCACAUUGCAGGAGGCAUUUGGAGGAGUUCCGCCCCACCCUCUGCAGCCUUCCUUAGGCCCGUGUCUCUGGUCCCCAGCCUCAGUGCCUCCUGGCCCAGGGCCAAGCAGUCAUGUUGCAGAAGGAGCAGUUAGGCUGCCUCCCCGUGCACUGGGAGACAGGGACAAUGGGUAAAAGAUCAGGAGCAAAGUAGAGGUCAGAAGCAAAAAAAUAGGACCCCAUCUAUUUAGGAUGAGAAUGAAGACUGGCCCUUGAGGCACACUUGCACAUGGGGAUGGGUUUAUUUCACGCUUUGCUUGUAUGCCAGCAGAGGGAGAGCUCGGGGUGGCUUUGUCCAGAGACCCUGUCAUGGCCUCCCCCAGCCAUGGGACAGCAAACGUCACCCUAAGGCGUGCAGCCCAGGCCCUGCCCCGUUAUGGUCUAGGCCUCCUGCCAUGGGGUGCAGCCUCUCCAGGGGCUGGGUCAGACUUGCACGCUGCCCACAUCCAAAUGCCAGCGAAGAUGAAUUGGCAGCACAGCACGCCAGCCACAUACACCAGGAAGAAGAUGCGGUCAGCAGUCUCAGGCCAGCUCCUCUGUGACCCCUUUACUCCCCUGGGGGGCUCUGUAGGGACAAAGGCAGGGAAAGAAGUUGUUCUUCAGGGUCCCCCCAACAUGAUCAGAGUGAACCCCAGGGCUCAUCAGCCUGAAUCUUUCCCUUUCUUAGAUUCUCAGGUGAUGUACUUUUGGGUCUAGCUCAUUUCAGGCCAUCUUCAGUUGAAGAAACCCCUCUCAGAAAGACUGUGGAAGGCAUGGGGUUAUCAGGGCGUCGAGGUCACCUGGGACUUCAGGGAGGCUAAGUUUGCUCCCUGCCCCAGACCUGUUUCUUCCAAGGAAGGAGGACAUGGUGGUGACCAGGGACAGAAAAGCCAGCAGGGUAAAUGCAGGGAGCCUCUACACAUGCCUGGAGCCCCUCGCCCUCACCCCAGCCCUAGGAGCCCUAGGUGUGCUGCUAGGCCUCAUUCCUUACCCCCCAGCCCCUGCCCACCUUCAGGAUGAGGCCCUGAGUUGCCAUGCUCUCGAUGUUCCCCUCUUAGGGCUGGGCUGGGGCUGCUCUUGGCCCCAAGGCUGCCCUUGGCCAGCAGCCCAGCCAGCAGCACAGUCUCCACGGUGCUGAGGAAGAGCAGCAGCAGCAGGAUGGUGAAGAAGUAAACUGGGGGAGACAGGGCAUGGGGAGAUGAUCAGAGGCUAGUCCCUGUGUCUCUGGUGCCCAGCCAGCUGAGCAGCAGCGGGUGGCAGGGAGAAACAGGGCAGGCCAGGUGAGGGAACAGGGCUUACUGAGCAGGGGGUUGCAGGAGGAGGAGCUUGGCAGGGCCUCCACCAGGGAGGAGUGGAAGACCAGGUAGCUCAGCAGCAAGGUCACCUUGUAGGCAAUGCGCUCGAUGGUCCAGAGGGGCAGCAGCCCCCCGCACACAUCGGCCAACAGCAGCGCCUCCGCAGGCACCAAGAGAGCAAUGAUGGACUUGAGUGCAGUGUUCUUCAGGCUCAGCUGGAAGGGGAAAAAGCCAGGGCCUUGCAGGGAGAGGAAGGAGGUGGGCAGCAGGGGUAUGGGGCCCGGCCUCUGUCAGCCUCCUCCCGACUGGACUCACCGUCACUUUGAAGCAGGGCACCACCUGAUGGAGUGGGACUUGGGUCUUCAGGUCAUAAACUACAUAUUCCCUCUUAACACUCACAAUCUCGUUCACCGCGUGGGCCUGGAACUCUAACUCCAUCACUGAGGGUAGGAAUGAGAACUGUGAACUAGGAGGGAGAGAUCCCUGCUGCCAAAUCUGGGGGCAGCACAUGAGCCCAGGGUGACGGAGAUUUCUGAUGGCUUCUGGCAGGGACAGACUUGGGGACAAAGCCGAUCCAUAGAAGGGCUUCCCAAACCUUGUUUCGCAACAUCCCAAAUUGUCUCCAGUUAAAGGAGGGCCUUUAUCAGAUUGGUAGAUGAGCUUUCAUUGUAAAAAUAAAAGUACUUUGCACCACUUCAUGAUGGAGGGA